AUGGCUGCAAGUUCUCGAACUGGUCUUGCGACGCCACCUAUAGAAGAGAACAACGCUCCAAGUUUUGAUAUAGUCGCUCACUACACGCGCUUCAUAUCCUCCGACCCAUCUAUCACACCAGCGAUUGCAGCAAUCGAAUCCCUAAUCGCAAGUCUAUCCGCGUCUUCCCUAACCACAAUCUCCGAAACUCUCGCCCUCCUCAAAACACAAAGCAACACUCUUCUUGCCUCCCAGUCAAACCCUAUCCCUCUCAGCGCUGGCACCGAGCUUCUACAGCGCUACAUAAUCACAGUCGUACAGCAACAGCCCACACAACUAUCCGGACACGACUUCAGCCAACUACGUCGCCAGCUCAUCGCAAACAGCAAACUCUUCGUCAGCCGGACCAAAUCAGCCAGAUCCAAAAUCGCCAAGCACGCUUUGCCCUUCAUACGGGAUCAAAGUACCAUCUUCGUUUAUGGCUCGAGCAGAGUGAUCGACGCAGUUCUCGAUCAUGCCGCAGAAAGCAGACGGUACUUUAACGUCGUUUUCAUCUCCUCACUAACUUCAGACCCAAUACAUCAGAGCUUGAAGCGUCUGUUGUCGCUGGGCAUACCUGUCGCGACGAUCCCGUUACCAGCCUUGUCACAUGCCAUCGACUCACUGGACAGGAACAAUACUAGCAAUGUGCUUUUCCUGUUAGGUGCAGAAGCCGUCCUUGAAAAUGGUGCGGCUGUCUCAAAUAUAGGUUCUCGUCUCGUGGCAUCGGUUGCUAAAACUUCAGCAAUACCAUGCUAUUUCGCAGCAGAAUCAUACAAGUUCACACGACAAUUUCCAACCUCGUUUGGUGAUGCUGAUCUCCAGGCUAUGGGUGCCAAGCAGCAGGUGCUGAAGUUCAGAAACGACCUUGACGGCGAGAAGAUGGAAUUGCAGGUUGACGCAGAGAAUCAAGGAAGAGGAGAUGGCAUGGUUGAUAUUACACCGCCUUCGUUGAUAGGAGGUCUAAUCACCGAGAACGGAGUGAUGACUGCUGAAGGAGUAGCUGAAGAGCUGAUCAAAUUGUGGUUCUAG